AUUUCUUCCAGGAUAGAAGACACAGCCUCCAUUCCCUUAAGGCCCUUCUUAAUCCACUAAAGAUCCACCAUGGUUGAGAAAGUCGGUGUUCUUAUUGUGGGUGCUGGGCCAACCGGGCUUGGCGCUGCGACUCGCCUGCAGCAGCAUGGCCACAAAGACUGGCUCCUCAUCGACGCGGCUCCCGAGGCGGGUGGCUUAGCCUGCACAGACGUUACGCCUGAGGGGUUUCUUUUUGAUAUGGGCGGUCACGUCAUUUUCAGCCAUUGGAACUAUUUCGACGAGUUGCUGGACUGUGCCCUCGGCUCCGGACCUGAAGCGUGGAACACGCUACAGCGCGUCUCGUACGUGUGGAUCCGCGACCGCUGGGUUGCGUACCCUUUCCAAAACAACAUCAGUGCCCUGCCGAAGGAUGACCAGAUUAAAUGCCUGACCGGGUUGGUGGAGGCUAAGGUUGCUAACGCGACUGCGCAAGGACGCCCGAAAAACUUCGACGAGUGGAUCCUGCGCGUGAUGGGCCCUGGCAUCGCCGACCUGUUCAUGCGGCCGUACAGUUUUAAGGUGUGGGCAAUUCCGACCAGUCUUAUGCAGUGCAACUGGCUGGGCGAGCGUGUGGCCACCGUGGACGUGGACCGCGCCAUCACGAACGUCAUUAACAACAAGGAGGACGCCGGUUGGGGACCUAAUGCAGUUUUCCGGUUCCCUACUUCGGGCGGCACCGGGGCGAUCUGGAAGGGUGUCGCCAAACUGCUGCCCGAGGAGCGCCAGCGCUACGGCCAGAAAGUGGUGUCCAUUGACAAGGACGCUAAGGUGCUAACGCUGGAGAACGGGCACCAGUACCAGUACGACGCGCUGGUGUCCACCAUUCCGCUGGACCUGACGCUGACAUGGCUGGGCAAGGAGGAGUGGGCCAAGGGGUUGCAGCACAGCUCCUCUCACAUCAUCGGCAUUGGCAUCCGUGGGGAGUGCCCGCAUGGAACCAAGUGCUGGCUAUACUUCCCGGAGAGCAACUGCCCGUUCUACCGGUGCACGGUGUUCUCCAACUACGCGAAGUUGAACUGCCCGGCGGACGACGCAAAGCUGCCUACCCUGUGCCUGGGCGACGGCAGCGCGCCAGCCAGCAGCGAUCCUAAGGAGGGUCCCUACUGGUCGCUGAUGUUUGAGGUUAGCGAAUCCAGCUACAAGCCGGUCAACCAGGAGCCGGUCACACUGGGCGGCACCGCGGGCACUUGGUCCGACGUCGUCCGUGACACGCUUAUCGGCGCUAUCAACACCCAGCUCACGAAGCCAGGUGACGAGGUAGUGUCGCUGUACCACCGCCGAAUCGAGCACGGCUAUCCCACCCCUUCUUUGGGCCGCGACGAGGUUCUAGAGAAGGCGCUGCCCUGGUUGCAGCAGUUCGGGAUCUGGAGCCGCGGCCGCUUUGGCAGCUACAAGUACGAAGUAGCCAACCAGGACCACAGCCUGAUGUUGGGUGUGGAGUGCGUUGACAACAUCCUGUACGGCACAAAGGAGCUCACACUUGCGUACCCGGACAUUGUGAACGCCAAGAAGAACAGCGAGUUGCUGUACCUCAUGAAGUGA